CACAAAUUAGCUGAAAAGAGUACUGUUCUGGCUACUUACUUUUCUCUGGUAAAUUUCUGGGCUCACUCUAGGGGUCAGUUUAGGGUUAUAGCUGCCAUGUUGUCCCAGUUCCUUGAAGCUCCUUUACAGAUCCCAUCCAGUGUCUUCUCUCCUUGGCCUUCCUCUGCCUCUUAUUACACAUACCACUUCUGACCUCACAAUCCUUUAACUGCAGCCCCAGGCCCCACCCCUAUAGAUGCUGACCACCCCCCAACCAUCAAAAGCUCUCUUCUGUCUGCCUAGUCUGGGCCUCCUUCAUUUAUAAAAUACAUCUGUCCCCUCCAUCCCCCGAAACUAUGGAUACCCUCAGGCCCUCGGGGCCCUAGAACACCUUCCUUGUGCAUGACUCAUCAAGGAGUGAAGAAUGAAAUGACAUCAGUAGCAUGUUUAUCAUCAUCAAACAUGGAGACAAUCAAGAGUUUCUGGUCAAUUCCAAUUGCUCUGUACUCCUGUUGCUACAUUACACCAGAAAGAAAAUGGGAUUACGGAAAACAGACACCAUUGAUUUGUGUGAUGAAACGGGGACCUUGAAGUUACUCUUCCUGACAAAGACACCUGGAGACUAUGCCAGCAAAUUCCUUACAGCUCGAAAUAUCUACUAUGUUUGUAAAGUGGAGCGUGGGGCACCAGGUACCAGGAUCGAGAAUUCCUACAAAGCUAUUGUGCCGCUCCUGAAGUAUCCAGAACCUGAACUACUUGAGUCACUGCGCACACAAUGUGACUUCCUGGAGAGGAGCAGAAUAAAGAUGCUUAGAACUCUAGAAGCCAAGAGACUGGCAGCCAUGGAAUCUUCAGUAAAUCUCCCAGCAAGGUCUCCCAAGAGUGGUGGAGCCCAGCAGACCACUAGCACAAGCAGUCAACUGAAGGUGGGAGAUCAGAUGAAGACGGGGCACCUACUCGCAAACCAUUCUAUAAGACUAGGGCAGACUUCCUUAAGAGACAUCGUUAACUCAAUAAAAAGACCAAGUGAGAGCAGCAACUACCAGGAAAUUACUGGAAUUUAACGUUAAGUUUCAUUUUCUAGAAAGACUCCUUCUCCCAGCAUCUGUACAAAGGCUUCAGUAGGCUGUAGGCACCAGGGAAGCUGAGGGUGGACCAGAGCAACAACAGAGGGCUGGAGUGAACACUUAAGGGGGGGCGGUGAGGAAAGACUGUGAAGUCUAGUUGCUAGACUUUUAGUACAAUAAGCCUUUGAGGGCCAGAGAAGGGGGUGGGGUCUUCUCAAACCAGACUACCUCCCCUCGGGGGAGGCCUAUCUUGCAGCCGCCUACUCCUGCUGGGGUUAGG